UCGCUGAAUUUAUUGGAGUUUCAUUUUCCUGAUUUAUCUACGAGAGAGGCGAUAUCCCACAUCGCAUUUCGGUUUUUGUGAUUAUUAUUAUUACACUCUGAAGACAAAAUGGCUGUCGCAUUACCAAUGGAGUCUAACCCCGAGACUAUGAACCGAUACUUACAAAAAUUAGGUGUUCCAAGUAAAUGGCGUAUGGUAGACGUUGUGGGUCUAGAGGAGGACGCCUUAAGCUGGGUACCGCGUCCCGUACUAGCCGUGAUACUCCUCUUUCCGCUCUCCCCAAAUUACGAACAACAUCGUGCUCAGCAAGAGAGUGAGUUGCUGAAAAAAGGCAAUGAAGCCCCCAAAGAUGUCUUUUACUUGAAGCAAGUCCUCAGCAACGUUUGCGGAGCCAUAGCGUUGGUACAUAGCGUCGCUAAUAACACCAACAAGAUCGACCUCGAAGAUGGGCUUUUGAAGAAUUAUAUAAACGACGCCAAAAGUCUUGAUGCUGCGGGCAAAGGAGCUCUUUUGGAGAAUUCCGCAAAUAUUUUGCAAGCUUAUAAGGAAGCUGCAGAGUCAGCUGAUAAGACAAUAGAAGAAGAAAAUGAACCGGUUAAUUAUCACUUUGUAACAUUUAUUCAUAGAGACGGAAAUCUUUACGAAUUGGAUGGGCGUAAGUCUUCGCCUAUUAACCAUGGACCGACGACUGCUGAACGUCUUCUGGAAGACGCUGCAAAAAUAUGCCGUGAUUUCAUCGCUCGUGAACCAGAUAAUAUUGGUUUUAAUGUGGUAGCGCUUGUUCCUAUACAAUAGCUUCCAUGUACAUAGAUAAAACCUACCUAUAAAAUUUUUCUUUACUUAAAUGUUUUCAUUAUACUUUUUGUUUUCUCAUCUUAUUAAAGG